AUUUCCCUUGCUUUUAAAAACUCCCAUACGAGAUGGAAGUGCAUCGCUAGGUUUUGCGAUCCGUUCACGUCAUCUCGCAGAGACGAUCGAUGGCGAGCAAGGCCGCAGCAACUGCGGCGACGACGGCAGCGAAAGCGGUGGCGAGAGGCGCAUGCGAGACCUACGAGUAUCCAUGGCGCGAAAAGCUCCAGAAGUUCAAAGGCGAGCUCGCGAAGGGAGUCUGGGGCUACUGGCAUCUCGGAGCCUGGAAACCCCUCGCUCUUAGCGCCCGAAAGCGCGCUCGACUCCGCAAAGAAGUGCUCCUCGCUGGAGAGGAUUGGCCGUAUGAUCCGCCGAAGGGGGAGAUGAGGACAAAGAGGAAAGGGCACAAGGUUGAUCGCGUUGCUGCUGAGAAGAGGGCGAAUACGGUUGAGUUGAUGAAGAAGAUGCCAGAAAUGCUGCUGGAUUACAAGAAACGCAGGUGGGAGAAGAAAAUGAAAGCAGAGGAGGCAAAAGAUUGAACCAAGGUUUGCAGAGAAUGGCCUUUGUUGUGAUUUGCUUCAUUCUUUGCUGAAUUGUUCUAGCUGUAUUGGAAUUUUGUUGCUUUAUGCAAAAACAGUUUUUGUUCCAUUUUACGCUUAUCUGUAAGUGAUAAGUGAUACGGGUGUACAUUCUCUUUGGAACUUA